CAUUUUUGAAUCUCAUAACUCAGACCUACUCUCACUGACACCCUUCUCUGCCAGAUUCAGAUCUUAUUUUUCCUUUUGAUUUAUUCUUCCAAGGAAUCCCGAGAAACAAACAGAAAAGAAAUGGAAAAUUAAAAAUGGAUGUAAUUACUUUCGGCAUCAUAGUAGCGAUAAUCCUUCUCUUCUUAGCCAUUGUUUGUUUCAUAACCAUAGAAGGCACCUGCAAAAAUCGUUCUUAGUAACCCUCAGCCAAACACUGCCUUAACCUUAGAAAGCCCUAAAUCUUAGCAGUUUUGAUAAAGAAGUAACAGACAACAAUAAAAGAAGAAGGAAAAUGUUGCUUUGGAAGAAACAGGUCUCGGUAGUGAUUCUAAUGAUUUUCUUUUUGUGUCUGGAUCGAUGCUUGGGGCAUGAGUCUUGUUCGUCGCCGGUGCACCGGCGGAAUCACCAUGACCACCACCACCACCAUCAGUGCGAUCAUGGACACGAGCUCAGCCACCACCACCGUCUUGAGGAUCGGCGCAAGGAGGAUGAGAGAAAGUGGAUGUUGCUGCCCGAGGAAUUGGCUGAGGAAGAGGAUAUGAGACUGUUCGGCUUCGGGCCUUACAACGAUCACGAUCACGAGCAUCAGCAGCUUUCUGGCUUAGGUCUUUGGUUGCAUGCACUGGGUUGCUCACUUUUGGUUAGCUUGGCUUCCCUUGUUUGUCUAAUUAUUUUGCCAAUACUAUUUGUACAAGGAAAACCAUCCAAAGCUGUGGUUGAUUCACUGGCUUUAUUUGGGGCUGGAGCUAUGCUGGGUGAUGCAUUUCUUCACCAGUUGCCCCAUGCUUUUGGUGGUGAGCACCCCCAUUCACAUGAGCACCAUGCGGACCAUUCUCAUUUUGGACAUGAUAAUGAGCAUUCACAUUCACAUUCACAUUCACAUUCACAUUCUUUAAAAGAUCUCUCUGUGGGGCUGUCUAUUCUUGCUGGGGUAGUACUGUUUCUUCUUGUGGAGAAGGUGGUGAGAUAUGUUGAAGAAAAUUCUAGAGGAGAAACUACAUGGGGUCAUGGUCAUCAUCACCAUCAUCACAAGAAAAAUAAGAAAUUGAAAGAUGAUAAUGAUGUUCAUGAUGAGUUCAAGUCACAACCAACAGGCGGAACUGAAGGCAAACAGUUGGAUGACUUAUCAAAUAACUUGUUGAAUGGAGAUAAUCUAACUCAACCUGAAAGUCUUCGGAAGAGAAAGACUUUUUGUGUCAGUGAUGAUAAAUCAGAGAUAGAUGCGGCAGACGGUUCCCCUCAUAAUCUCAAAUCCUUGACUGAAGAGGUGCCUGCCCAAUCAUCCUCAAACCUGGUUUUUGGCUAUCUCAAUCUCUUCUCUGAUGGUGUUCAUAAUUUUACCGAUGGAAUGGCUUUAGGAAGUGCUUUCCUACUUCAUGGAUCUGUGGGUGGCUGGUCUAGAACUCUAUUUUUGCUUGCACAUGAGCUGCCUCAAGAGGUUGGUGACUUUGGUAUAUUGGUAAGGUCUGGUUUCAGUGUUACAAAAGCACUGUUCUUCAACUUCCUUUCAGCGCUUGUAGCUCUGGCAGGAACUGCAAUGGCUCUGCUCAUGGGACAAGAUCCUGGACAUUCAUCUUUGAUUGAGGGAUUUACAGCGGGUGGAUUUAUAUACAUUGCUGUCGCUGGAGUGCUUGCAGAGAUGAAUAACAGUGGCAGCUUGACGUUUAAAAGUAUUACUGUGCAAUUAAUCUCACUAACUUUUGGCAUGGCUGUCGCCCUUUGUAUUUCACUGGUAGAAUAGACUGGAUUGAAGAGUUACGGUACAAAGAGCACUCUGUUGUAUUUCACCUGUAGAAUAACUCUGUUUUCUUCUGUGUCAUUAUGUUUGCUAGUUUUUAGGUUGUGACACGACCAUUUAUCUUGAUCAUAAGGAGAGAAAUUUAAUUCCUGGCCAUUAUGAUGUAUAUCAUUAUGAUCUAUAUAUAAAGCAUGAUAAGUCCCAUGUUUUUUUCAGCGGUUAGAAUGCAAUUGUUCAAACAGUAAAUGACACAGGAAGCA